AUGAAACAAGUUUUUAUUUUGCCGGGAAACUCCGGAAAAACUGGCGAAACAGUAAAGGAAGGCAAAUCUUUCGUUUUUUGGGGAUUAGAUGACGAAUACAGAGCAGUUUCAGUGGUCGGACUAGGUAAGAAAAAUCCACCACAAAAUGAGCUGGAAAUAAUAUCGGAAGAAAAGGAAAACAUAAGAAAGGCUGCAGCAGCUGGUUGUAAUGCAUUGAAUUCAAACGACAUUAAACACAUCGAUGUUGAAAGCUUCGCAGAUGCAGAAUCGUCCGCAGAAGGUGCCAUACUAAGCUCAUGGAAAUUUCAAGAAUUUAAAACAAAAAAAGACCAACUACCUCAAAUACAGUUAUAUCAACCUACAGAUGAAAACUCCGCGAAUUUUACCAGGGGAACAAUCAAAGCCGACUCGCAAAAUUUUGCGAGAAUGUUGGCUGACACGCCUGCCAAUUUACUGACUCCGACAAUAUUUGCCAGUAAAAUACAAGAAGUUUUAACUCCGUUGGGAGUCGAUGUGAAAGUAUACGACCAACAAUGGGCUGAGGAGCAAAAAAUGGGAUCGUUCUUAAGCGUAGCCAGAGGUUCGGUGGAACCCCCGAAGUUCCUGGAACUAACAUAUAAAAAUUCCGACGAUAACCCUUUUGUAAUGGUCGGGAAAGGCGUAACCUUUGAUGCCGGCGGUAUCAGUCUGAAACCAGCUGCAAAUAUGGAUCACAUGCGCGCCGACAUGGGAGGUGCAGCUAGCGUUGCAGGGGCAAUACAUGGAUUGGCCAAACUUCGCGCACCCGUCCACUUAAAAGUUCUUAUACCUUUAGUAGAAAAUAUGCCAUCUGGAAGCGCUACAAAACCAGGAGAUGUAGUAGUGGCAAGAAACGGAAAAACAAUAUGCGUAGACAACACCGAUGCAGAAGGUCGUCUUAUUUUAGCCGAUGCCUUAUGUUACAGCGCAGACCUGAAACCCAAGUGGGUGAUAGAUGUUGCCACAUUAACUGGAGCUAUGGUUGUAGCUCUAGGCAACGGCGCAACUGGGGUGUUUAGUAAUUCCAACGCCUUGUACGAUGUUUUGGAGAGUGCCGGAGCCGAAACUGGCGACAGAGUUUGGAGGUUUCCGCUUUGGAAACAUUACAGCAAACAAAUAUCGGAUAAUGCUGCCUACGAUCUUAAUAAUAUUGGAAAAGGCAAAGGCGGCGGAAGUUGUACAGCUGCGGCAUUUUUGAGAGAGUUUGUUACGGAAAAUACCGAUUGGAUGCAUUUGGAUAUAGCUAGUGUAAUGGGCCCUGACCACUCAGUUCCUUAUCUAAGUAAAGGUAUGACUGGCAGACCAACAAGGACUUUGAUUGAAUUUGUGGAAUCACAAGUCCGGUGCUGAUUUUAAUAUAGGUUUUAAGCUUAAAAAUUAUUGUUAAAAUUUGUAUAAAGGAAGUUUGUUGUUAUUUGUGCUUUUAUUUUUUUUUUAUAGAGG